GUGGCCAAACAACAUGGUUGCACAUACCAGUAGCUGUUGAGGACAGUGCAUAUACCAUUUGCAGCUAUGCUGAAUUUCUAUCUAAUAAUUUUGCUUUUCAUAAUACGUGUGUCUACCUCUGAUAAUAAAGCCUCUAAGAAUGAACGCAGUCCCGGCGAGAGCUGUUUCAUGUCGAUAUGGCACAACAGGCUGUACUUGUACUCAGCGGCUGCACUUGUCUUUGGGAUCUGGUUCUCACUGAAGAUGGCACUGAAGAAGAAAAGUUUCUCCAAGGAUAUUGGUCCUUGGGUCUACAAAGCUGUGAAGAACAACGAGCGCCCCGGCAGAGACCCUGUGGUUCAUGUGUCGGGAGUUCAAAUCUUCUACGGCUCACAAACUGGAACAGCAAAGGGCUUUGCAAAAGAGCUGUCAGAAGAGGUUAAGGCUCUGGGGAUACCAGCUGAGGUGACUGACAUGAAAGACUACGAUCCAGAUGAUCAACUUGCUGAUGAGUGCACUAGUAAGUCCGUCUGCGUGUUUGUUGUGGCCACAUACACCGAUGGACGGCCCACACAGAACGCUGAGUGGUUCUGUAAGUGGCUGGAAGAGGCCUCCACUGACUUCAGAUACGGGAAGACCUACCUCAAAGGCCUCAGAUAUGCAGUGUUUGGUCUCGGCAACUCUGUCUACGUUGGCCACUAUAACACGGUGGGCAAAAACGUGGACAAGUGGCUUUGGAUGUUGAGUGGCAUGCGAAUCAUGACGAGGGGUGAGGGUGACUGUAAUGUGGUGAAGAGCCGCAAUGGCAGCGUCCAGGCAGACUUCCUGGCCUGGAAGGUCAAGUUCAUGAACCGGCUUCAGGCGCUGGCCAAGGGUGAGAAGAAGAGCUGCAGCGGGAACUGUAAAACUGGAGGCUCCUGCAAGAAUAAGAGGACAGAGGGACAGGUGGAGGAGGAGGAAAAGGCAGCUCCACAGAAUGCCAGCUCUGAGGAAGAUCUGGUAGAAUCCAGCAGUGAUGAGGAUGAGUCUGGCCUGCAAGAUGAGAAAAAAUCCGGUUUAGUGGUGGACAUGGAGGAUCUGGGCAACAUCAUGAACAGCGCCAGAAAAGCCAAGAGCAAUGAGGAGGGUCGAGGAGACGGCCAGAUGGUGAAGCUAUCCAAGUUGAAUGGAGUGAAGAAGAUUGAGGAUGAAGGGGAAAGAAGAGAGAUGAUCACCCCUGCCCUUAAAGAAGCACUGACAAAGCAAGGCUACAAACUAAUUGGAAGUCACUCAGGAGUGAAGCUUUGUCGAUGGACCAAGUCUAUGUUGCGAGGGAGAGGAGGCUGUUACAAGCACACUUUCUACGGUAUUGAGUCCCACCGGUGCAUGGAAACUACCCCCAGCCUUGCCUGUGCUAACAAGUGUGUCUUCUGCUGGAGACAUCACACCAACCCUGUGGGCACAGAGUGGCGCUGGAAGAUGGACCCUGCUGAGAAAAUCCUGCAGGACGCCGUGGAGAAGCACCAGAACAUGAUUCGACAGUUCAGAGGUGUCCCUGGAGUGAAGUCUGAGAGAUACGAGGAGGGCUUGGCGGUCAAGCACUGUGCCCUCUCCCUGGUGGGUGAGCCAAUCAUGUACCCUGAAAUCAACACCUUUAUCCGCCUCCUCCACUCACACCACAUCUCCAGUUUCCUGGUCACCAACGCACAGUUCCCACAGGAAAUCAGAAGCCUGGUGCCAGUUACUCAGUUGUAUGUGAGUGUGGAUGCGAGCACCAAAGACAGUCUGAAGAAGAUUGACCGGCCGCUUUUCAAGGACUUCUGGCCACGCUUCCUGGACAGCCUCAAGGCCCUGGGAGAGAAGAGACAGAGGACGGUGUACAGACUGACGCUGGUGAAGGCCUGGAACGUGGAGGAGAUGCAGGCCUACUCGGAGCUCAUUGCUUUGGGCCAGCCGGACUUUAUUGAAGUCAAGGGUGUGACAUACUGCGGGGAAAGCUCCGCCAGCAGUCUGACCAUGGCUAACGUCCCCUGGCACCAGGAAGUCGUGGCCUUUGUCCAGCAGCUGGCUGACAUGUUGCCUCAGUAUGACAUCGCCUGCGAGCAUGAGCACUCCAACUGUUUGCUCAUCGCACACACCAAGUUCAAGGUGGAUGGUGAGUGGUGGACGUGGAUUGACUACGAGCGUUUCCAGGAGUUGGUCCGGGCACACGAGGAGAGUGGGGGGCAGCGGAGCUUCUCAGCCUCGGACUACAUGGCCAAGACUCCCAGCUGGGCUCUGUUCGGAGCCCGCGAGCAAGGUUUUGACCCUGCUGACACACGUUUCCAACGACGCAACAAAACCAAAGACAUUUCAGGAUGCUGAUAAAAAAGAGAGAGGGGGAGAGAGAGAGAGGUAGGAUGAACAGAGUACUGAUAGCUAUAGCAAAAAAAAAGAAAA